GACACGUUUUUUGUAAUAUUUUGGCCAAUUGUGAAUCGACGAAUUUUAUUAUAUUUUCAAUUUAAUUUAUCAUUCAUUUUCAUUUAUAUAAGAUGGAAUUAUACAUAAAAUUAGCUUCCUUGCUAUUUCUUCAUUUAGUAUUUGCCGGUGACAAUAAUGUUGUUAAACUUGACCCGAAUAAUUUUGAACAAGAGGUAAGUGGUGAUUUUAAGCUUGUGGAAUUUUAUGCUCCUUGGUGUGGACAUUGUAAAAAAUUAGAACCGGAAUAUAAUGCUGCGGCAGACCAACUUAAAAAAGAUGGCUUACAUGGAUUCAUAGCCAAAGUUGAUUGUGAAGCAAAUGCAGAUCUUUGUAAAAAACAUGAUGUUUCAGGUUAUCCAACCUUAAAAGUAUUCAAAAAUGGCGUUUAUGAUUCUGUCAUUUCUGAUAUUCCAAGAGAUAGAUCUGGCCUGAUUAAUUUUAUUAAAUUCCACACAAGUCCAAGUUAUACUGAAAUAACUAAUAAAAAUGAAAUGGGAUUAAAAGAUGAAUAUCAAAUAGUUGCAUUGUCUACAAAUGACAAAAAAUUGGAGGAUUUUAAAAAUUUGGCCAAACACUAUAAAUCUAAUUAUAAAUUUGCCAUUGUAAAGGAUCCAAAAAUUAUAGAUAAUUUAGAAGACAAAAUAGUAAUUUAUGCACCAACUGACUUGCGGAACAAUUAUUUGCCCAACUCAUAUAUUUCUAAAUUAACAUCUUAUAAUGAAAUGAAAUCAUUUAUCGACUCCAAACUGCCUGCUUUUGGUGAUCCUAGAAAUAUUCAAAAUUCUAAACUAUUUAAUGAACCUUCUUGUGUUGCAUAUUAUUUUAUUGAUUAUAAAAACAAUCCAAAAAAUUCCAACUUUUGGCGUAAUAGAAUAAUAAGAGCCCUGUAUAACAAUAGCAUUGAUAGAGCUAGUUUAUCUAUGGGUGUUAGUCAUUUUGUUGAAUUGGCUCAUGAAAUGGAACUAUUUGGAUUUGAUGUUCCAACAGAUCAUCAACCAACUUCUGAGAACAUGAAGAUUAAACCAAAAAUUGGAUGUUUCAAUAAUAAGGGGCAGAAAUAUGUCAUGGAAGAAGAUUUUACUGAAUCUAAUUUUGCAGAAUUUAUUAAAAAGUUUUUACAUGGUGAUAUUAAACCUCAUUUAAAAUCUGAACCAAUCCCUGAUCCAAAUAAUGCUGGUGUUAAAGUAGUAGUUGCUAAAAAUUUUGAUGAUAUUGUUAAUGAUAAGACCAAAGAUGUUCUUCUCGAAUUUUAUGCACCCUGGUGUGGACAUUGCAAGUCAUUAGCUCCAAAAUAUGAUGCAUUGGCUAAAGAGUUAGAAAGUGAACAUGAUAUAGUCAUUGCAAAAAUGGAUGCAACAGCUAAUGAUGUUCCAUCGAUUUACAAAGUUCAAGGAUAUCCAACUUUAUAUUGGGUUCCUAAGAAUAAAAAAGAUUCUCCCAUUCCAUAUGAUGGUCCCAGAGAAACUGACGGAAUGGUGUCCUAUAUAGCCAAACAUGCUACAGAUGAAUUGACACAUGUGGACAGAAAAGGAAAGCCUAAAAAGAAAUCAGAAUUAUAAAUUAUUUUUAUAAUUAUAUCUAGAAGUAUUUUUCAAAAGAUUAAAUCUGUUUAAAUAUUUAUAUCUUACAUUUAAAUAUAUAUAAUAUGAAAGCGGUUUCGGGGAUUUAUUUAAUUAUGGUAUAAUGUAUAUAAUAUAUAUUUUUUAAGAACAUUGUAAAAUAUUAUUUGUAAUUUAUUUUCCAGCUGACAUUUAUUUUACUUUCCUCUCUUUUUUAUAUGAAUGCAUAUAUUUUUUUACAAUUUGAUACAAUUUUAUAAAUAUCAAGAAAAUACCAAUAAAUGUGACAUACUGUGAUGAUCAAAA